AGCAACGAAAAGAUGUUUUACGUGGAUGACGACGUGCCUUCUUAGCGGAGAAACCCAAGUCCCUACAUCCUUAAUCCUCGACAACCAUUACCUCCUCUUCUUUUUCUCAAAAUCUGCAACUUGAACCAGAAUAGUUUUUUUUUCUAUUCUUCUCUCCCUCUCAGACUCGGCUUCUGUUUUUCACUAUUCUCUUUGUAAAUCAGAUUCGCUUCUCUGUAAAUCAAAUCACAUCAUCACCAUUCACCAGCAGAAAACAAUCAACAUCAUCACCAGAAGAAAACCAACAGCGUAAGCAAGCUGUAAUACCAUAUUACUGAAGCCGCGGUAUAUGAAGACUGAAGUAGAAACUCCAAAGAGAAUAAGAGGUUUGGACAAUUUCUAGCUGUUGAUCUUCGGAGUAUCGAGCCAGCACCUCAGCCAGGUGCUUCAUUAAUCCCACCAAUAUUGUAAAGCUAAUCCGUUAAGAAUUGGUUAAAACCGUAGUAACCGGGAAAAUAACCGAGCCGACUGGGAUCGGUUUCAAACCGAACCGAUCCAUCAACAGUUCGGUGGCAGUUGUGCCUAAAAACCGCACCGACCGACCGUUGUGCACCCCUAGUAACUACGUUAGAACGGACUCUUUUUCGUUUCUUGGAGUUCUUUUGUUUACUCGGAAGUUUCAUCCAUGGCUGCUACGAGGAGCAGGACAAGCAGUUUCUCUCGGAAUCAAUCCACUUCACCUUUAUCUCAGAUACAUGGAAUCAAGCCUGGACCUAAUGGAGUCACUUAUGUAUCCUCUGGAAUCCCAGACCUUGACAAGAUUUUAGGAGGUGGGUUUCCAUUAGGAAGUCUAAUAAUGAUAAUGGAAGAUGCAGAAGCACCACAUCAUUUAUUAUUAUUAAGGAAUUUCAUGUCGCAAGGACUUGUACAUAAUCAACCGCUUCUUUAUGCGAGUCCUUCCAAAGACCCAAGAGCUUUUCUUGGUACUUUACCUAGUCCCGUUUUGUCGAAAGAUGAAAAAAGUCGCAGCAGUAUUGAUCAAGAACAGGAGAAGGGUUUAAGGAUUGCUUGGCAGUACAAGAAGUAUUUUGGGGAGAAUCAACAAAAUUCCGAUAGAAAUGCAACUGAGUACUGCAACGAAUUUGACUUGCGCAAACCACUCGAGAGGCAUAUAUUGAAUGCACAGCGAAUUGAGUGUUUUAGUAUCCAAGAGUCACCAAGUCUUUCAGCUUUUUGUGAUCGAUGUUCUUCAUUCGUAACUCAAACUUCAAGGAAUGAUGGUGGAACUAUAAGUCCAGGUCGAAUUGCCAUACAAUCAUUCUGUGCUCCACAGUGUUGCUAUUCUGAGAUGGAAUGGGACAUGCUCUCCUUUAUUAGGUCUCUGAAAAGCAUGGUACGGUCUUCAAAUGCAGUUGCAGUGAUUACUUUUCCGCCAUCGCUUCUUUCAUCUUCCUUCUCUAAGAGAUGGCAGCAUAUUGCAGAUACCUUGCUUGCAGUCAGAGCAAUCCCAGACGAGGACAAAGAGUUGGCGAAACUCCUGACUGGCUACCAGGAUAUGGUUGGUUUUCUUCAUGUGCACAAAGUAGCCCAGAUCAAUACACAGGUUCCUGUAAUUCUCGAGGCAACAACAUUCUCGAUAAAGCUCCAACGGCGUAGAUCUUUGGUCCUAGAGAGGCUAAACCAAGCCCCAGUUGACGGUUCAAGUGGUAGUUCACACGAUGUAUCAGGCAGCUGCGGUGGUGGUUCAAAGUCAUCCAUCCUUGAUUUUUAGUUCUAUAAUCUCAAUGAUGAAAACAAAAAUUUGGGUGUUCAACCCCUGGCGAUGUUUGGUUCAAUAUUUGGAGUUCCUGUUGUCCAACAGGAUCUAUGAAAUUCUGGGGUUGCACUUCAAGGCAUAACAUAGAACUUUCUAGCAGUGCACUGAUUUUUGGGGAGGUUGUCAUUGUGACUCAAUUGAUGUAAAAUAGCUCCUAUAGUUUAUCUUCCAUAAUAAUUUAAAAAAAAAAAGGUUAAAAGAGGAUGAACUUUAGAUUUCA